AUGAAGCACUUCUUCCUCUUCACUGCCAUUUUGGCUUUCAUCUCUAUCGUAUCAGCUACGGGCAAGACACCAUGUGCAAAAGCAUUGGAAUGUGAUACACCUAGCGACAACACACUUACAGUCUAUGGUACUGCUCAAAAAUGGGAAACAACAGACGAUAAAGUGUUUUACCUUGCACCUGGCUUUUCCAAGUGUCAAGUCAACUACACCGAUCAAAGUAACGUUGUAUGUGUUAGCCCUCAAUACUUCCUUAACGAUUCUUUAAGAGACUGUAAUGAAUGGGUGCAAGUAUACAACCCAGAUACAGGGAUCGUUUCUUUUGGACGAAUUCUUGACGAGUGCGGCGCAGUUCCAAACUCUACCUUCGGAUGCAAUGAUAUCUAUCUCUCAAAGAAAAUGUUCACAGAGCUCGCAGGCAAAAAUGCCGCGGAAGCUCUCAAUUCAGGUCAUUUAACACAAGUUCAAUGGCGAAAGGUGGUGGCCCCUUGUUGGUCUGCUUGGGCUGGCUUACCGGGUAAAUUCCCGAACGGUACUCAAGAUGAUGCUCAUGGAUACGAUUCAAACGGUUUCUUACGUUGUGGCAGACGUAGUGGUCAAAACCGUGUAGUUGGUGCUGAUGUUGCGCAAGUUUGUAACAAAAACAUCAAAUCGUGUGAUGAAGCUAAUGCAAUUGCUUCAAAGUUACCCAAAUACCACGGCGGCAGCUGCGAUCAUCAAUCAAAAGCUGUUGCAUAUGUUGCUCAAACUAAUCAGCUCACUUGA